CCGCCUGCUGCGCGCCGGGGGACCCGGGCCGUCCGUCUGACCAGGGUCGCGCUGCUGAGCCGCCCACGCCGCUCGCGGCUGGCUGCCACCAGGCCAUGGAGGACUGCACCGUGCACUCAGCAGCCAGCAUCCUGGCCUCAGUGAAGGAGCAGGAGGCCCGCUUCGAGAGGCUGACACGGGCACUGGAGCAAGAACGGCGCCACGUGGCGUUGCAACUGGAGCGUGCUCAGCAGCCUGGCAUGGGCAGUGGUGGUGUGGGCUGUGGGCAGCCCCUGCCGAUGGCCUGGCAACAGUUGGUCCUGCAGGAGCAGAGCCCAGGUAGCCAGACUUCGCUGGCCACCAUGCCAGAGGCGCCGGAGGUACUGGAGGAGACAGUGACCGUGGAGGAAGACCCUGGCACACCCACCUCCCACGUGUCCAUUGUCACAUCUACAGAUGGCACAACACGACGGACAGAGACCAAGGUUACCAAAACGGUCAAGACGGUGACGACUCGGACAGUCCGCCAGGUGCCACUGGGCCCAGAUGGCCUCCCGCUGCUGGAAGGUGGUCCCCUGCUGGGCCCCUUUGCUGAUGGCCCCCUGGACCAGCACUUCCUGCUGCGAGGUGGUGGCCCAGCAGCCACACUCUCUCGGGCCUACCUCGGUGGUGGGGGUGGCUUCCCGGACGGGCCUGAGCUCCGGGAUGGACCCAGCUAUGGCAGCCUGUCCCGAGGGCUGGGGGGGCGGCAACCUCGAGCAGGCCCCCUGGGCCCGGGCCCCUGCGAUGGCAGUUUUACUCUGCCUGGCCGUCGGGAAGCUUACCCAGCAGGCCCUGAGCCUGCACUGCCUGGCGGCCGUUCCCUGCCUGAGCGCUUCCAGGCAGAGCCAUAUGGGUUGGAGGAUGAUACUCGCAGCCUGGCCGCAGAGGACGAGGGAGGUCCUGAGCUGGAGUCCGACUAUGGCACGGCCACUCGGCAGAGGCCUGACUGUGGGAGAGGUCCUCGCACCAGCAGGCCCUACGAGGAUGCUGCAGAGGAUGGUGGCGAGCUGCUGGACGCACGGCCUCCAUUCCCACCAGUGACGGCGCCCCUCGCGCAGCCCGAACGGGGCAGCCUGGGCAGCCUGGACCGGGCGGUUCGACGUUCACCCUCCGUCGACAGCGCUCGCAAGGAGCCUCGUUGGCGGGACCCUGAGCUCCCUGAGGUGCUGGCCAUGCUGCGGCAUCCCGUGGACCCUGUGAAGGCCAAUGCAGCGGCCUACCUGCAGCACCUGUGCUUUGAGAAUGAGGGCGUGAAGCGGCGCGUGAGGCAGCUGCGGGGGCUGCCACUGCUGGUGGCGCUGCUGGAUCACCCGAGGGCAGAGGUGCGGCGCCGGGCCUGUGGGGCGCUUCGCAACCUCUCCUAUGGCCGGGACACAGACAAUAAGGCCGCUAUCCGGGACUGUGGUGGUGUGCCCGCCCUGGUGCGCCUGCUGCGGUCUGCCCGGGACAGUGAGGUCCGAGAGCUGGUCACAGGCACUCUAUGGAACCUGUCAUCCUACGAGCCCCUCAAGAUGGUCAUCAUCGACCAUGGCCUGCAGACUCUGACUCACGAGGUCAUUGUCCCUCACUCGGGCUGGGAGCGAGAGCCCAAUGAGGACUCGAAACCAAGAGAUGCUGAGUGGACCACGGUCUUCAAGAACACAUCUGGCUGCUUGAGGAAUGUGAGCUCAGACGGCGCAGAGGCCCGGCGGCGCCUGCGGGAAUGUGAGGGGCUGGUGGAUGCGCUGUUGCACGCACUGCAGUCGGCUGUGGGCAGGAAGGACACAGACAACAAGUCCGUGGAGAACUGUGUGUGCAUCGUGCGGAACUUGUCCUACCAUGUGCACAAGGAGGUGCCUGGUGCAGACAGGUACCAGGAGGCGGAGCCUGGGCCCCUGGCCAGUGCAGCAGGCUCCCAGCGCAGGAGACACGAGGAUGCGAGCUGCUUUGGCGGCAAGAAGGCCAAAGAAGAGUGGUUCCACCAAGGGAAAAAGGACAGUGAGAUGGACCGGAACUUUGACACGCUGGAUCUGCCCAAGCGAACCGAGGCUGCUAAAGGCUUUGAGCUGCUGUACCAGCCCGAGGUGGUCCGUCUCUACCUCUCUCUCCUCACGGAGAGCCGGAACUUCAACACCCUGGAGGCAGCAGCAGGCGCCUUGCAGAAUCUCAGCGCUGGCAGCUGGACGUGGGCCACGUACAUCCGCGCCACUGUGCGCAAGGAGCGCGGGCUGCCGGUGCUAGUGGAGCUGCUGCAGUCAGAGACCGACAAGGUGGUGCGCGCGGUCGCCAUUGCCCUGCGCAACCUCUCGCUGGACCGGCGCAACAAAGACCUCAUUGGGAGUUACGCCAUGGCGGAGCUGGUGAGGAACGUGCGCAGUGCGCAGGCGCCCGUGCGGCCCGGGGCCCACCUGGAGGAGGACACGGUGGUGGCGGUGCUCAACACCAUCCAUGAGAUCGUGUCCGACAGUCCCGACAACGCGCGCUCGCUGCUGCAGGCCCGCGGCGUGCCAGCGCUGGUCGGGCUGGGUGCGGGCAGCCAGUCGGUGCGGGAGGCAAAGGCAGCUUCGCACGUGCUGCAGACGGUGUGGAGCUACAAGGAGCUGCGUGGUGCCUUGCAGAAGGAUGGGUGGACCAAGACCCGCUUUCAGUCAGCUAAUGCUGCCACCAAGGUUCCUAAAGGUGCACCCAGCCCGGGAGGCUUUGACGACAGCACGCUGCCUCUGGUAGACAAGAGCAUUGAUGGCGAGAAGCCAGAAAACCGAGAUGUGAUCCCUAUGGACCCACUGGGCCCCGAUGCCUACUCCACCAUUGACCGGGCAGGUCGGAGGCUUUGGGGAAGUGACACUGCUGGGGAGGUCUUCCAAAAGGAAUCCUUGAAACCCGACCCUGGCAGGAAGGCCCCUCCUCCCGGGCCCAGCAGGGCCACAGUCAGGCUGGUGGACGCCAUGGGGGAGCCUAAGCCUCAGCCCGUUGACUCCUGGGUCUAGCUUGCAUGCCUGGGCUGGGGCCCAGCUGUUUGUUCUUAGGACUUUUUAUCACGGGAAGAACUGGAUCUUCUGCGCUCCCUUGCUGAGCAGACACUGCUGUGGAGUUUGGAGCCCCCUGGCGGCAGGGGUUGGCGUCUUUUCUGGCCCUCCCCUCUCCCUCCAGCCAGGGCCAGCCAGGCCUUGUAGACACCCCAGCUGUGUCCCUGAACUUCACUCUCCAUAACUCCUUAGGCCCUACGUUAGAUGUUUACUGACAUGGUGCUGUGUGAGAGGGGAGGGCAGGAGGGUACCUGGCUCAGUGGAUGGCCAGGUGACCAGGGAGGGGUCCUGGUGUAGAAUUAGGAGGGCAUGUGUAGGCACAGGGUUUCGGAUGCCUGCCCCAGAGAACAGGGACCAGAGCCAGGCACACAGGUAGCCAUGGCGUAAGAGAGUGAGGAACAGAUCAUGGGAGGGGGUCCCAAGGUACCCCUGCAGUGCCACCUUGCAAGACAGGCAGCCCAUAUGGGUGACCCAGCAGAGUCUUUGCAGGGACAAUGGGUAGAAUCAGGCCGACUAUUGCCUGAGCCUUGCUCUGGGAUCACUGCCCAGGAGCCCUGUGGCAACCUUUUCUGAACCAACUCUGGCCCCAUGGGUCUGUGCAGGCAGCUGCAGCUGCCCAGGCCACCCCACAGCGCCUCUGGGAUUGAUCCUCUGUCGCAGCAGCAGCAGCAGAGGGUCACUGUUCAGUGCCUGCUGUUUGUAACUUUAAAACAGAAGAAAAACACGACAAACAAACAUCACAAAGAAAAACCAAAAGACUGUCUUGGUAAACAUCUAGAUUUUUCUAAGAAAUUUUGAAAAUUAAAAGAUGCAACAAAAGAAUUUA